UAGCUUAAUUGCUCAAGUCAUUCAUAAAAGAGAAAACCAAUCCAUUGGAAUUAGAAAGGGAAGUUUUCAGAGACUGGUUUUAGAUUAUAGGAUAUGGUUAAAUUAACUGUAGUUGGAAGGGCAAGCGAUGGAUUACCUCUAGCACAAGGACUGAGAUACACGAAUGAAGAGAAUGGCUCCUAUCUUUCAUGUUACAAGCAACAAGCAGAGUUCAUUCUAAAAGAGAUUUCAAAGGGAGCCUUGAUGGCUUCCAAGAUGACCAUUCGCAUUGAUCAUUACUGCUUCAACUACCUGGUCGAGAAGGGAAUUGUUUUCAUUGUUUUGUGUGAGUCCACUUACCCAAGAAAACUGGCUUUCCAUUACCUACAAGACAUCCAAAAGGAGUUUGAAAAGUUUGAUAAAACCCUUAUAGGGAAAAUCACAAAGCCAUACAGCUUUGUCAAAUUUGAUGGUAUAAUUGCAAACUUUAGCAGACAAUACAUUGAUACAAGAACUCAAGCCAACCUAUCAAAACUUAAUGUUAAUCGGAAAAGAGAGUUAGAUGUUGUUGCUGAAGACAUGUCCAAUAUUUUAGAAAGGAGGAGAAUUUCAGAAACAAUGAGAAGGUUAUCAAAUACUCCUCAACAACCUGCAUCUUCAAUAUGGGGCUCCCCACGCCUUGAGGUGAUUGCAAUGAAAUGGACACCUAUCAUGAUCAUUGUCAUUAGUUCAGUGGCUCUUUUGUGGGCUAGCUUAGUCCUCACAGAUGACUAUAUUUUUCCAAGCUGACAGAUCCUCAGAUCAAGAUAUAAAGCGAUAUCAGGACUAAUUAAAAUAUGUCAUGGCCCACUAGUGUGAAAUAUGUUACAACUUUGAUGUUGAAAAGAAAUAAAGAUAUGUAAAGUGGCCCAAUGUCAUUUCUUCCCCAGCACAUAAUCCACAAAGACAGAAAUUGGAGAUGAAGAAUCUUGAUUUGUCAUGAAGUUUUGCUCUUUGGAUUGAAAGUGACAUCUUUCAUUUUAAAUGAAUAAUUUAUGAAACAUGGGGAUGUAUAAAUGUGUUAAUGAAUUAUUUAUGCAGCGUGCGGAUGGAUAAAUGUGAUAAGAAAUUAAUUAUUUGUGAAGCAUGCGGAUGUAUAAAUGUAUUUGAUUUACUAUUAGAAAUGUGAACCUGGGUAGUACUACACUACUACUAGAAGAUAUAGAGCCCAAAGGUUUGAAAAACUUUGCCCUAUAUCCUCUAAAUGCGCUCAAUGACGCUUGUGAUGUCAUACUGGUGGUUGGGUAU